AUGACCGCGUCGCUAGUAGAGACAGAGUCUGCGAGAAGCACGAAGUUGCCAUUGAAACCCAUCCAACCGACGCAAUACUGGACUUUCGAGAAUGCGCUCUCGCUAAUCAAGGACUGUCAAGACCCGUACCUUCUGGAAGCGAUCAAUGAGUUUCUUUUACUUACGCAGAGUGUUUUGCUAAAACCUACGCCGUUCCAGGAUGACGGCAAACCAACAAUCAGGGCUGGCGCCACGGAGAUGUCGUUGAGAGGGAUUCUUUACACCGAGAUCACAAGUCAAAACAUCGAGGAUGCCAAGUUCAUCGAGAAAAUACUAGGUUUUAAUCUCGAUGAAAUUGUCAGGGUCAUUGUCCAAACGAGCAAAAAGAUUCCGUCAAAGCCAUCGCGCUCGUUCAGCUUCAAGAGCAAGUUGAGCGACGAUAUGGAGCUCGAGACACGUCACGGGCGCAUCCGGUUGUAUAUCUGGAACAUCUUGAGAGAACAACGAACGAUUUUGAAAAUCGCCCGCGAAUUGGUUGGAAACAAGACAAAUCAGUACGCGUCGUCAAUCAUUCGCAAUUUGGGGAGAGAGAUUUUCUUAUCGGACAAGUAUCUAAAGUCACUACUAGACUCGAUACGAGCAUCGUCUCGAGACAUAAUCAAUAAUGCGUCUCAGAAAACUGGAUUAACGACUCAAGUCGAUCAAACCAUGCACAACGAAGCAGUGCUAUACCUAAUAGAGUUGUGCAAGAUCUUGUUUGAAAUAUCGCUUCAAAACCCCUUGGUGGAUAAAGAUAUUGUGCAAACAUGGUUCGAGAUUUUAAAAGAAACCGACUUUGCAGUUGCGUUAGGGCUCCACUUGAAGCAUCGCGAGUCCUUCGAAGUACUCCAAGCUUUAUUCACACUCAUCACUAUUGCAUUCUUGGAUCUAGAAAACAGCUUUGAUUCAGUCACGGGCGAAAACAAGUCCCUGUACAUGAGCAAUGUCGGUGCGUUCAGCCUGAUAAAUGAAAUCGUUACGAGCGACUACAACUGCAAUUCUGUCAUUUCGUUUGCGUGGAGCAUAAUACUCCUUAGAAAACGAUGUUUUUUGGAAGAAUUUCCCGACUCGCCGAUUUCCAAGGCUUUUCAAGAAAACAAAAAAUUCACAAUUGCUGGCAUCGACUUGGCCAUGGAACGGCUAAGCAGCAAAAUAAGCCCCUCAUCCUCAUCCUCAUCCUCAUCCUCCUCUUCAAGUGCAGACGUCUUUGUGGCUUUGCGGGCAUUGAAUCGGACAUUACGCUACGACAGCGUUUACUCGGCAGUUCUUGCCACCGUCAUUAGUGCGUCGCUCCUGCUAUUAGACUUGGAUCUCGAAAUCACAAGUUGCAUAGCUGAAAUCUUGCGCAAUUGUCCCCACAAUGUUGUUGAAAACUUUUUUGCCAGUGCAGCAUUCUCCGAAGCACUCAUUAUUGCAAGAGCAAAAUUCCCGCUACUUUUGUCACCUUAUAUCAAAUUGGCCAGCACCAAUGGAAAUUUUGCGUUGCACGAACUCGACUCCUUGAAUUCAUAUAUCCAAGUUUAUAAAAGGGACCAGUUUGACAAGCUAUAUAAAAUAGAUGAUCAGGAUCCGGAGUUGAUCAAAUUGAAGGAGGAGGUGUUGGUGAAUCCACCUUUUGAAUCAAACAAAAAAUUAGCCUUGGCUUUGGCUCCAGGGACCACCGCGAAGCUUUUACCCGCGGCAAAGCCUGAUGAAGUAUUGGUGACCUUUUUGUAUCAGUACAAUGGAUGGGCAUUUUUAGGUCGAGUCUUGCAGAAUAUAUUCAAAAUUGCCAAACUCGAUCCGCUUCAAGAAGAAGUUUUAAUCACCAUUUUUGAAUUGAUGGACAGUGUCUGUUUAGAUAACGACGCGAGCGAAGUCAAAUUGGUCUUGGAAGCAAUGUCGGCAUACAUUGACACCUCCGACGUUUUUGAAGCUAUUUUUUCAUUCUUUGAACUGGCGUUGCAACGCAGGAAUUCAGCGUUGAUAACUGUAAUUGUCAAAUUAUUGACUGAUUUGGUUCCCGUUGUGCCUUCUAAAAUAUGGCCCUAUUUGUCGCGAUCAUCGCUAUUCUCGCGCGAUGGGAAAGAAGGGAUGGCCAUCACCCUUUUUGGAGCUGUGGAAAUGGUUAAUGGAGACUAUGGUUUUUCGCUAUCGCUUGUGAAAAUGGCACUGGCAUUGGUUGCAGACUGUAUCACCUUGGACAACCCAUCAUUUCGCCCCUCACGAUCCAGAAGUGAGAGCUUGUCUGAGAUUGUUCUGUACUUGGUUUUCUUGUUUGAGAAUUUCACAUACUGCCCGUUCAACUCAUUCGCCGAAAAGUUGGAAUUGGGUGUCUUGUUGCUCGACGUCUUUUCCACGAUUAUCGCUACUGCAUAUGGUGUCAAGAGAGGAGGGUUGGCGCUGCUGCUGCUGUCCUCCAGCGAAGAACCAGUGGCCAAGGUUUUCCACCGGGCAUCCUUGCAAAUUUUGGAGUCGUUUUUAUCAACCGAUAUCAACUGCGCCCGAUCCGCGCUUCCGCUUUUAAGGACGAUGGAGAAUGUGGCCAAGGAUUUGGAUUUAUAUGAGCUCACCGAUACUUCUGGAUUUUGGCACGACAGAUGGAUCCGUGCUGUUUUUUCAUUCAGUCAACUAGCACUCAACUUGAGGACUUCCUUGAAUUUGGAACCGCUGGCUUUCGAAAAGGAGCUUUUUGCCAAGGCUUCGUCCAUUGUCAUGAUAUUUGCAGAAGUGGAGUCAUACCGUAAGGUUACCAUUGAUCUCCUCUCGUGUCUUAUUAGUGGGAAAUGGAGAGAAAGUGGGGAAACUGGAGAAAUUGGAGGUGCCCCUUCGCUCUUGUCACACUUGGGAGAAUACACGGCACAAGUUAUCAAAGAUGCAGUUGCCGCGGGGUUGGACAAUUCGUUUGAAGAUUACAAGAUCAAGAUUGCGAUCCAUGAUUUCAUCUGCGCCGUAAUGACCAGCGACCAAACCGGGCUAGUAGUAUUGUUCAACACGGGUAAAGAUGCGUUUGAUAGAUACCAACAUCAUGCCAAGGCCUCAGAUGCUGCAAAGAAGCAAACCGAAAAUGAUGUUUCGGUUAUCCAGCUUUUGAAGAAAAACGUGCGAGAUAUGAAGUAUUACCCCAACUCCGUCAGUGUUCACUUGGUUGAUGCGCUUGCAUUGGCGUGCGACAAGUGGUCCACUGUUCGAGAAUACAAGUACGACGAAGAGUUUAUCUCGUUGCUUAUAGAUAGGGUGAGAAUCCAGAUUACAGACCCACCUGCUUCACCAGAGAUGUUAAUCAGUCGGUGUUAUGAACUCAAGUUGAUUGCCAAGAUCCUUGAUAUCCUAGCUUUGUAUUUAUUCACCACCAAGAAUGAAAAAUGCAAGCACCAAAUCAUUGAUUUUCUCAACUCGGAUGAGUUUAUCGAGAUUGCAGAAAGAAAACUCACCAUUAGCCAUAACCAGCUGACGACACUACAUUUAGGGUUGCAAACUUCCUUUCAUGAAGCAUUUCCCGAUCUCAAGCUCUCGCAAUUCCUAAGUCCACCGGGUAAAAGGAAUCGAGUCGGGGUCAAUGUAAUUUACAACCUUGCAUUGAUGGAUACCUUAUUCAAAAACCACGAUGACUGGGUCCAGCUUCGCGAGCAGGUUAUUGCAUCCAGUAUAACCACCCAGUUUAUCACUUCGCAAAUGGAAAGUGCCAAGUCCCUCGGUAUAUUGAUGGCCAGUUUUUGUCGUCGUUACGAGGGCAACAAGUUGAACACAAAUUUGCUCAAGUUUGUCAAUUUCUUGUUGCAAACGGACAUCAACACUGAUGAAACUGUCUCACUGAAGGAGUUUGACCAGAUUUACUAUGAAAGGAUUGAGUUGGCUUUUUAUUUGAUUUAUUCGUUUUAUUCCAGAGGCAAGGUUGCCGGACAGGAAAAAGUUGUAUUCGAUAUCAUCAAAAGCGCGGGCACUUUAUUAGUUGACAAGAAGAAGAAGGAGAAUAAGAAUAAGAGCAUGAUUACUAGUGGGGAGCUGGCGCAGUCAAGAGAUGUGGAAAGGUUUUUGUUGAGGAUUGUGUUUUGUGCAUUGCUGUUGAUCCAAGACAGCUCUGGAAUAGUGUCGGAGUACAUCAGUGUGUUUAGAGACUUGUUUGAGUCCAUAGUCAUCAAGGGGUUGAGAAGCAUUGCUAUUGACUUGCAAAACGACAUUUCCUUGUGUCGUCGAGAUGAAACGAAACUUGCAAACGCCAAGAUCACUGAAAGGUACGAUGAUCUCCUGUUGAUUUUAUCGAUUUUGCAAGUUUUCGCCAAGCUCAAAUGUAAUGGCUUGAUGUUGCAGCAGGCGAUAGUCAAGUUGAUUGAGCAAACGGGCACCAUAACCACCUUGUUACAGAUGUUCACUAACUCCUUGCUUCCUGAAGCUGUAAAUGACAAGUUUGCCAUAGCACAGCUCAGUUUGGAGUUUUUGCGCCAGAUGAUGUUUGUUCCUGCGGUGGCCUCCAAGAUCGUCUCAUCGGGUCUUUUCAUCACGUUGUUGGAGAGCCCCGCUUCGCAACCGAUUCGAGCUGGAGGGUUGUCUGUUGCGCACGAGCCGGGACAUUAUAAUUUAUGGGUGAAUGGCUUCUUGCCCACAAUCAUCAGCAGCAUCUACGCCUUGGGACCACUUGUGUUUCCCGAAGUUUGCGUUGCAUUGAGGUUACUAGGUAAACAGGUUGAAUUUGCCAUAAACAAUUGGGAAGCAGGUAAUAUCUCGACUAGUGCCGUCUCCGAGAUGAAUCAGAUUUUGGUCAUUUACGAUUUGUUAAACUCGGCAAAUGUUCCUGUUGACAUUACUGGCGCUGCCCCCAUUGCUGAUUUCCCAGGAUUGGAGACGGCUGAAAAGAGAGAUGAUUUGCUUGAAAGUUUAAACAAUUUAUUGAAACACCCGAAACAUCUCAGAUCGAGGAUUGCCAAAUGCAAUGAAAACCAAACGAUUGACGAGGAAAUGGUGAGACAUAUCGUCGCUGCAAUCAGAGACAUGAAUGGUAUACUUAACUAG